ACGUCAUCGGCGGAGGGAUAGAUAGCUGUGAGAGAGAGCAGUGAGGGCAGAGGACUACCAGUACUAUCCGCUGCGGACAGAAAGUGGAGGGCGAAAACUCUCGAAACGACAGCUUGCCGUAUGCCAAUGUGCAAAAAUAUACAGUUUCGGUAGAGGCCAAGGGAUCGAGAAUCAGUCGCAGAAGAUUCGAGCGUCGGUCAUCUGAAAAAGGAGUGUAUAAAGAUGUCGUCUCCAAGUCCGGGCAAAAGACGAAUGGACACCGACGUGGUGAAACUCAUCGAGAGUAAACAUGAAGUCACAAUCCUGAGUGGACUCAAUGAAUUUGUAGUGAAGUUUUAUGGACCACAAGGAACACCGUAUGAAGGGGGCGUAUGGAAGGUGCGAGUAGAUCUUCCAGACAAAUACCCCUUCAAAUCUCCCUCUAUAGGAUUUAUGAAUAAGAUUUUUCAUCCGAACAUCGAUGAAGCGUCAGGGACCGUGUGUUUAGAUGUGAUCAACCAGACAUGGACCGCUCUUUAUGAUCUCACCAAUAUCUUCGAGUCGUUUUUGCCACAGUUACUUGCCUACCCGAACCCCAUCGACCCUCUGAACGGGGACGCCGCAGCCAUGUACCUACACAGGCCAGAGGACUACAAACAGAAAAUCAAAGAAUACAUCCAGAAAUAUGCAACAGAGGAGGCUCUGAAGGAGCAGGAGGAAGGAGCGGGCGAUUCCUCUUCAGAAAGCUCCAUGUCUGACUUUUCAGAGGACGAAGCUCAGGACAUGGAGUUGUAGUUAAGGGUGACAGUUUCUCCCCUUUACCACAGAGACUAUAUUAUUUCCUAACCAUGCGAAGCAGACUAUAAAAGAUUCAUAUUUAAACAAGGUGAUUUUUUUUGUUUUGUUUUGUUUUGUUUUUUAUCGUUAUUAUUACUAAACCAGGAUUUUUAUGGAUAUCUAGCGUUGAUGAUGAAUACGGCACCCUCUCUAGGUGUUCUAUCUCUACUUCUUGGUGGUUGUUUCGCCCCCUCCCCCUUUUUUUCCCCUCUCUUUCACUCUCUCACUCGCUCUCUCCGUCACCCCAACAAAAGAAAGGCUUGUAGUGUUCCCCCUCGACUCCACGUUGGUAGCUGCGUAGCUGGAAUGCAUGUCAUCGCCCUCCCUAAUCCACCUUUUCCGACGCAGGCUGACCGGACAGAGGCUGUAUUUAAACGGGGGUGCCCGUUUUUUCGUCCACUUGUACGUAGUGAGAGUUGUGUCCGUGAUGCUCGUCUUCAGGUGGAGUUGUCGCAGUUGGAUCGGACACGUUUCGCCUCAUUACUUCCCCUUGAUCGAUCCCGUUCGAUCACUCCAGCGCAAGUCAUUAUCAUUGCUUCCCUGGUUGUUUGUUUGUUUUCUCUUUAAACAGCUGUUUUAAGAUAAAAACGCUCGAGAGGAAGGGGAACGUUUCCACGCUGUACGUUAAAAGCAAUCAUCAGGACUUUACAGAACGCCGCUCACCGAUCAAGCCCACGAUACUACAGCGCCAGCGGGAAAAUAUCAAUACGACUUUGCGUUCCUCGAGCGUCUUUUUAAAGGAUGACGUAGAUGUAGAGGCUAGCACACCGAAGCUCAACUUUUCCACUAGCUCGAUGUUUCUGGCUUUUGUUCCUUCGUUGUGGAAGCCCCACACCAACAAACGUGGCUCUACGCUUCCACAGUGACCUUCGCAAAACGACCAGGAAGUGACUGUCCUGCUUUACGGAGCACAAAUCUUUUAUUUUGUACCAACAAUGUAUGCACAGAGUGUUUGUCUUAUUUUCCUCUUUCUGUCUCGCACCCUCUCCCUAUUUACGAGCAUCUUUUUUGUACAUUUGUUGUAUGAUGCGGAAGUGGAGUCGUGUAGGACUUUGUUGGUCUAGCCUAGAAGAAACCUUAAAGAGAAAAAGAGACAAAAAAAGAGAUUUUUACUAACAUUUGUAGAGUUCAUCAUCUUUUCCUAUUGCUUGUGCAUAACUAUGAUAGCUGUUGUUUGACCUCAUUGUAGAUCUAGUUAGUUUUACUGGGUGGUGAAAUCAAAAUUAGAUGUUCAUAUGGAUUUAGGUUUUUGUAACCUUUUUGUCCGAUAUUAUACAGAUAUUAUCCGAAGGAUCCCAUUUGGUAAGAUCUGCCUCGCUGAGGAACAUUUAGGUGUGGAAACGGGCAGAGAUCUUCUGUAUAAAGAGCUUUUUGAAUUUCAACAUCUGCAGAUAUCAUCAGUGGCAUGUUGGUACCAUGAAGAACCAGAUUUAGUUUGUGUGCGUGUGUUUUUUUGCAGUAUUCUCACAAAUCUUGCAUUCUGAAUGCACUUGCAGAUCAUUCAUCGUCCAGAGUGUAAAAGAAACGGGGUUGAAGUGUAAAGGCAUAAAGAGGAGGUGUUUAAGUUCGGCUCGUGCGAUUUGAUCCAGAGCUGCCUGUUUUUUUUUUUGUUUUUUUUUUUUGUUUAGUUUUGUUUUUUUUCCCCCAUGGAGUGGCUUUUACAUUCUCCUUUUUGUUUUCUAAUUAAAUUGAUGUUUUAUGACCUAAACAUUUGAAAAUUGUGCAAUGGAGAAAAAGAAAAGUCUCAGUUGAGUCUAAAUCUGUUAACAAGGGUCAUAUUUUCUAAAAAAAAAAGAAGAUAAACACCACUUAUAUGCAGUAUUGUAUUAAAAGGAAGUUAUCUUACAAGGAGAGAGAGACGGCAUACGUUUAGAGGCGGCUUUGCUUCGCAUCUUUCAGAUGCGUAUGGAAGAAAACGCUUUCAUUGCUAUCAUUGGUAAACAUUUUGCCAUGCCUAGCAACAAGAACCCUAACAAACACGACAAGCUUAGCUUCUCUAUUUCAUUUCUGCUUCAUUUUUGAUCCCUGGACUUUAAUUUAGUUUGAACUAUAUCUUUUUCCUUUAGUUUUUAAUUCACGUCUCAAAGAGUUAAAAUGACUAAGACUGAGAAGUCUCGAAUAAACAUGUAUAAGUGUGCUUCCAUUAUAAUUAGAAAUUAUACUUCUUAUUUUUGUGAGAAUUUAUUUACUAAUUUUGGUUUCCUAUUUUGUUUCCCCCAUGUCAAUAACAGAGAUGCCCAUCUGGAGCAGGUAAACGUGAUUUAUAAAAAAAAAAAAAAGUGUUUGGGAUUGAAGGGAGUUUUUCUUUUAAGUUAUUUAGUGGGUGGGGGUGAGAAUAAAUAAUGACGGUGUGUCCUUUGUGUUUUGCACCCAUAAGCCCCUAGUGCUUACACACGCGCACAAACAUCUACACAAACACACAUCCAGGGGACAGCAGUUAUUAUUGUUGUGGUCUCCAGCUGUUUGUUUGCCUGAGAGAGAGAAAGAAAGAGAGAGAAGAGAUCUGUCUUCCGGCUGCUGCCGUGGCCUCAGAGGCUCCCCCUGUUGGCCCUCUCAGCCAAUGGCAUGGUGUCUCUUGCAUUUGUUUUGAUGAACUCUCCAGUGCACUUUGCAUGCGUCCGGUGUAGAGUCCAGUCUAGUUCAGUCCUGGCUGUCCACUCCUUUAGUCCCUUAUACCUGUGCUUCAAGAGGGUGCUCAGACAUGGGGCUUAUGUGGGCACACAGCAUGGAUUUUUUUUUUUUUAAAUAGUAUCUGUAUCUAGUACCUAGUGUGUGAUACGCUGAUUUAAAAAGAAAAA